AUGCCACGCAAGCGUGCUGCCCCCAGUGACAGCGGCACGAGCCAGGCCAAAAAGACCAAGACAACAAAGGCUGCUGCCAGCACAGAGGCCGUCGCCAGCACAGAGGCCGCCGCACCAAAGACGCCACUUGCCCCCUUACUCAGGGCUCCCGAGAGAUGGUCAGCCGUCUCUGCCUCGGCUAAUAUUGCCAGAGCACACGAGCAACGGCUGGCCAAGCCCGAUGAGGCAUGGGUGUGGGAAUGCUGCUGCCCGCCUCCUUUCGAAAGGGGCGCUACCUGGGAAGACGAAGACGACGACGAGGAGAACGAGGACAAGGAUGCAAAUCAGCCAGAGUGCAACGGCGGAAAGACGUGCAUGUGCAGCAAAAAGGCCAUGGACCAUCCUGACCACCCUUGGGUGCUGAGUAUGGCUGGAAAGCAGUUGUACCUGUCUCAGUACGCCCUGGCCACCUUGCGCGACCCAGACAGCUUCCAAAUGUACACGAGCAACGACCACUACGGCUACGGGCUCAUUGAAAUGCUGCAGAACUUGUUUCUUGACUAUCCAGAGAGUCACAGUUGGAGAGAGUUGUGGUGUAUUGUCGAGGCUGCCGUCAUGUGGCUCCUGGACUCCCAGUCCGACGCGAUGAUGCAGAUGGACGCAGAGGAUGUUGUACAGGAAUCGUACAGUCUCAUCGGUCGCAUGUUCCUCGACAUGCUUGCUAGACUCGACAUCGAAAGCCGGAGCGUCAGGGACGAAGGCAUACGCGUCAGUGAUGUAGUCCUGAACCUUGGUACCAUCAUGGCGCUGUAUAUCAAGCUGGCGCAGGAGGCGCGCGAGUAUAGUGUGCUUUCCGAGUACGAAGAGGACGAGGAGCUCGCCGGCGGCGUUAUAUACAAACCCCCUCGCUUUGACGACUACGUACUUGCGUACGCCAAGAAGUUUGACGUUACACUCCGGGGACCCAAGGGACUGGACAAGUUGCUUGACAACUGUCGCCAAGUCGACCUGCCGGAGGUGACUCCCGAAAAUGAGGACGAUCCCUGGAAUUUCUUCAAGACGUUGCAUGUCUACGAGAACCAAUAUUACCGAAUGCCCCCCUUUGGCUCGUUCUACGAUAAGAAAGAGUACAGAGGCAUCGGCGGGGAUCGAUACGACAUUUCGACCUGGAGACCGGUAGAGCGCAGGGAAGCUAACUUUGACAGGAAAGAUCCGUUCACCAGGACCAUGAUUAAUGCGGUCAAGCAGGGCCGCGUGAUGCACCUUGGGUAG